UCCAGUUGACAUUUGAAAACGCCAAAAUGAAUUUCAAUCUUAUCAAAUGUAUUAACUCGAUAGUUAUUGUUAAUUUAUUUUUAAUUAAUAUAAUCGUUUGUUUUGAAACUAAAGCAAACGAGGAAUUUGCUUUGUACCGAGACAAAGAUGUCGCGACAGUUAAAGUGGGUGACACAGAGGAGAAAGUGCUAUCCGUUAGAUUCAAGAGAGCCGUGCAGAGAGACAGGAGCGCCGCCAGGACUGCGACACUCGAAGACAUUGAUAGAAAGCAAUCUGCAAACCAAAGUGUGAUAGCUGUGAAUGGUACAGAUGAGCCGUGCGUUGGCUCACCGGAGUUCUGCAAUCUAACCAAAGAAGAAUACGUGAAGAUGUUGCAGGAGUACAUCUACCCGCAGACGUAUGAGUGGGUGCUGAUAGGCACGCACUCCGCAGUUUUUGUGAUAGGACUGGUGGGCAACGCGCUGGUCUGCAUCGCCGUGUACAGGAACCACACCAUGAGGACUGUCACUAACUACUUCAUUGUAAACUUGGCGGUCGCCGACUUUAUGGUGAUUCUGUUCUGUCUGCCGCCGACAGUACUGUGGGAUGUCACUGAAACUUGGUUUCUAGGAGACGCGCUUUGCAAGAUACUGCUGUAUUUUCAGUCGGUGUCAGUGACAGUAUCGGUGCUGACGCUGACGUUCAUUUCGCUGGACCGCUGGUACGCCGUCUGCUUCCCGCUCGAGUUCAAGUCAACCACGGGUCGCGCCACCACCGCCAUACUCAUCAUAUGGACCGUCUCUCUCGUCUUUAACGCGCCCGAGCUGGCUGUGCUGACGACGGUGCAGACAGUGCCACUGCGUUUUGGGCUGCGGCUGCUGGUGCAGUGCAUGCCCACCUGGUCUGCCACCAGCGACCUCGUGUGGCAUGUCAUCAAGGUCCUCUUCAUCUACACGAUCCCCCUGCUGGUGAUGACGGUGGCGUACCGGCAGAUCGUGCGCGUGCUGUGGCGCGCCGACAACGUGCCAGGACAGGCAGAGACAGUCAAACUCGCUACCGCGGAACAAAGUCAGCUGCGGUCGCGGCGCAAGGCGGCCAAGAUGCUGGUGGCUGUGGUCGCCAUGUUCGCUGUCUGCUACUUCCCCGUGCAUCUGCUCUCUGUACUCAGGUACACACUGGAUAUGGAGCAGAGCGACGUUGUGACGUGUGUUGCGCUGCUGUCGCACGUCAUGUGCUACGCCAACUCCGCCAUCAACCCCCUCAUCUAUAACUUCAUGAGCGGCAAGUACCGGCGUGAGUUCCGACGCGCGUUCUGCUGCUCGGCGCAGGAACAUGAGGCGCUGACCAGCUCGAGUAGGUCCCGCUCGGCGUCGCGCACCGCCUCGCGCAGCAAGCGGCUCGUCGGCGGGUACCUGUGUCAUCCCGCAGCUCCAGCUGCCGGGAACGCAUAUAGGAAUACAUACAUGUCCUAGAUGUACACUUAAACCAAGUAGUAUACAGCGAAAUGUAACCGUAACAGUUAUAAUUUAACACGUAUGUUUUUAGCUUUACACGUAGAGAUUCAUCAUCGAAUGUUCUUGUAUUACAGGUUCGGACAUCGAUAAAUCAGCAAUUCGUAAAUCAAUUUUA